AUGGGUGCUAAAAGUGUUAUAGAUAACUUUUUCAUGGCAAAAUACUCUGCGUACAGUCCUUAUCGGCUUAUUCAGAGGGAGUGUGGGUUUAGUAACCCGGUAGGUGCCAGCGAUGCCAUGGCCCGGAGCCUUUACUGUGGCAUGAAGCCCAUAGCUUCAUGGGAUUGUGAACAGGCGAAUUCUCUUCCUACCGGUGGCGUGUUCAACCUUGAAUUUUCCCCGGAAGGGUCUUUACUAGUUGCAGCAUGUGAGAAGAAAUCAAUACAGAUUUUUGAUCCAUUAACACACCAACAAAUUCAUUCUGUGAAUGGUGCACACUCAGACUGUGUGAACUGUGUCAAAUUCCUGGAUGGUAGAAUGUUCGCGACAUGUUCAGAUGAUACUACUAUUGCAUUAUGGGAUGUCAGAAACCUAAAAAAGAAAAUUCGCUCUCUGCUAGGUCAUUCAAAUUGGGUUAAAAAUAUAGAAUUUUCCGUGAAAGACAAACUUCUAGUCACAUCUGGGUUAGAUGGCAGCAUUUACACGUGGGAUAUAAAUUCCUACACAGAGUUCAACUUAGUAUACCAAAGAGUUUUUCAUGCAUCCGGUUUAAUGAGAUGUCGCCUGUCACCAGACGCUCGCCAGAUGGUUAUGUGCACUACUGGUGGCCUAUUAGUAAUAAUUCAUGACUUGAAUCUGUCCACAUUGGCCCAAGACUUACAUGGAUUUAAGCCAAACCUAUACAGACUUAUGCAAAUGAGCCAACAAAUGAUCCCUAUCGCGGCCAUGUACGACCAUUUGUUUGAUCAGAAGCGCAAGGAAAAUAGAGUCGAAUUUGUAUCGGAUUUUCCUGAUGGCAAUGAUGCUGAGGUCGUUAGUGCGUUACAGAUACAUCCACAAGGAUGGAGUGCUUUAAGUAGAAAUAUAAGUCACGACGACAGGUCUGAGUGGUCGUGCAUCCACGACAUCCAGCCGACGGCGGGCGCGUCGGACAAGGGCUGCCGCGACGCGUCGCCGCCGCCGCCCGCGCCGCCGCGCCGCCCGCGCCGCCUGCCGCGCCGCGCCCGCCCGCGCCCCUACCGCCAGCCCUGCCCCGCGCCCGCCCCCGCGCCCACGCCCGCCGCGCCCGCCGCCGCCGCGCCGCCCACGCAG